CCGUCUACACCUUAUAUCCGCGUAAUAAAUAAAUAAAUAUUUACCUAACAAGUUUAACGACUAUUUACUUGGAGACAACUGUGCUUUUGGUGAUUUUGGACUGUAAAGUGCGCUGAAGUUUCGUGGUUAAAGUUGUAAAAAUGUCAUCCCUACAACAGCUGGCGCUAGAGUUAUUCGACGCAGGCGCCGUCCGCCUGGGAGACAUCGAGGCCAAAAUCGGCAGGCGCACGCCAGUCUACUUCGACCUCAGGGUCGUGGUCUCGCAUCCGAGGAUUAUGUCUGCAGUAGCAGAGCAUCUUCAGCGGUUGGCCUCCGAAAUAAACCACGACCUUCUGUGUGGGGUGCCGUACGCCGCACUACCAUUCACAGCAGUUAUGUCAGUCAACACCGACGUCCCCAUGAUCAUGAAACGCAAGGAAACCAAGCUGUAUGCCACCAGAAAACUCAUCGAAGGAGUCUACCACAAAAACCAAACUUGCCUCGUCGUGGAGGACGUAGUGACAUCUGGCGGCAGCGUACUAGAAACUGUUCGUACGCUACGAGACGAGCAACUAAACGUCACGCACGCCAUAGUAGUUCUCGACCGCGAACAAGGUGGCGUUAGUGUACUAAAAGCAAAUGGCGUCAAAGUAGUAUCGCUCUUCACACUGAAUAAUUUAACACAAAUUCUGAGGGAUGCCGGCAGAAUCACAGAUGAUACUGUUGACAUUAUUUCAGACCACAUCAAAGGGUGCCAGUUUGGUGUUAUGCACAACAGCGGAGAUGAAAUUACUCCUAGCUAACAUACCUUUAAAAUAUUGGAGUUUUUCUUACCUAGGCAAUGGUUCUGCAGAAUUAUUAGAUGCACAAAUAGUAUUUAUUUAUAUAAAAUGAGCACCUAAUUAAAUGUAUUUAAUUAACUCUUACUAUUAUUACGCACAAUUUAAAUAAAUUUCACUUGUAAUUGUGUACCUACUAAUAUUAAUUAAUAUUUUAACUAUGAAUAAUUAUAUUUAAAUUAAGUAAUUAAAGUUAAUGUAGAUUUAUGGGUCAGCGAAAUGGAAUCACUAAGCUUAGAAUAAAGCGCUGAAAGGUAACUUGAUAUCUUCAAAAUUAAUCAUAAGGUAUUAAGUAGUAGGUACCUACUAAACAUUAUUUUUUACAUUAGGUACCUACCUACUUCAUUAAAUACAAGGCUUCUUUGUUAAUUUGCCCUAACCGGAAUUAGGGUGAGCAGCCCGUUAAGUUUUUUUGGCUUGCAAUUUCUUUCUUUAUCCCACUAAAGUUUCGGUGGGGACUACGGGUAUAAACCUAAUGCAUGACCCAUGAGAUGUAAUGAAACAUCCAUGGCAUGGCAUGACAUGACCCUACACAUGAGUAAGAAGAAUCAAAUUGACCAGUGAAGAUAUUGCUAUCUAUUUCAUUGUUCUAUGUUAUGUAUUCGGUAGGGUGGGUACCUAUUUACCUAUUGUUCAAUUUAUGCUAACUAUUGUAUAGUGUGUAGUAGGCUGGCUAAUCAGCGCCGUUAUGCGAGGAAGUAGCGACGUGUGUGCGUCCGGCGCAUUAUAAUAAUGUGACUAAUCAUAUUAAUGGUGUCUGCUGAAUUAAUGGACUGCAUUAACUUGCGGUUCAAAUAUUGCAGUUAGUUGGCAGAGGAAGUAACCUACUUACUGAAGGAAUGUCGUGUGUGUGCAGUGCAAUAUUACCUAGGUAUUAGUUUUGUUUUUUGCAAAUGAAGAUCUAGAAGUAGAUAGGUGUAUGAUGGGUGUAUGUGGUGUAGUAAUAAUAGAACAACGUAAUGUGUGACCUAACAUGGGGAACUGGUAACUAGCUAGCUAUUGGUAGUUUGAGUAUCUUUGAUGUGUUAGUGUGUAAUAAAUAAAACAACCACAUAAAAUCAUUGUAGUUUUAUUAUUCACCAGCUGAAUAUAAUAAUUAAAAACUUUGAUCGACUUCGAAAAUUGUACGUUACUAGCUUUUUAGUUUACCAAAAAAGCCAAUGUAAACUCAUCACAC